AAAUAUUUGAUGGUAUAGGACGGGUUUGGCUGCUUCGCUAAAAAAGUUUAUCGUUGGUUGAAACUAGGCGUUGCAGUGGGUUUCGCUGAGAGGGCUUAUUUAACCUUUACUUGAUCGUUUUGAGGAGGGAGUCUUGCGCAAAAAUCGGGGGGGGCGUACGACAAUUAUGGAGAGGAAGCGAGUUCAAUGCUAUUUUGACAUAGAAAUUGAGCACGAGAAUGUUGGAAGAAUUGUUUUUUCGUUGUGGAAGGAUUUGGUGCCUAAAACAGCAGAAAACUUUCGGGCGCUAUGUACUGGAGAAAAGGGAACAAGCAAAUCUGGGAAUAAAUUGUGCUAUCAAGGAAGCAUCAUACAUCGUGUUGUUAAGAAUUUUAUGGUGCAAGGAGGCGAUUUUACUAAGUUCAAUGGAACAGGAGGCGAAUCUAUCUAUGGAGGCAGGUUUGAAGAUGAAAUUUUGACAUUCAAGCACUCCAGAGCUGGAUUAUUAUCAAUGGCUAAUGCAGGUCCUAAUACGAAUGGAUCCCAGUUUUUCAUUACAUGCGCGCCUGCUUCUCAUUUGGAUGGCCUUCAUGUGAUAUUUGGAGAAGUGGCACAAGGCAUGCAAGUACUUCGUCGCAUUGAAAACGAACCUACUAUAGUUUCUAAUAAUUAUCGUCCAGAGCGUACAAUCAGAAUUUCUGCGUGUGGAGAACUCUCAGAAGAUGAAUACGUCCCUUUUGAGAAUUUUGAAAACCAAAAAAAAAAACAUUCACCGCCUUCUUCCCCCGAUUCGUCUCGUACCAGGUUCUCUCAAGAUGACCAGGAACGUAACGGCCGUUCUCUUAGAUUUCGAGACAAUUUGAGCGAACUUCCUACUCGCAUUCGUAUCGAUUCUAAGGGGCGAGUCGUCAAGGGGCGUGGUAAUAUCGGUAGAGGUAGUCAAUGCGCCCUCCCGGGGACUGAUCGGAGACGUAAUGGGUACAGAGAAAGGGUGAGGUAUAGAGGCAGAGCUUAUUCUAGAGAAAACCACUAUCACUCUAGUCCCAAUCGAAGUGACAGUCUCAGUCCUCCCCAUGGUCCUAAAAAACGCCGAAGCUAUUCAAAUCGAUCCCCCGAAUUUCUCAGCGAUAGGACAGACACACAGACAUCCGCCACCGUUUCCCGUGAUUCUGGUUAUCGAGGAGAGCUCUCCGAAAGGGUAUCCCUCAGAAAUCCGCGACAGCUCAUCAGCUAUGACAUAGAGCCCUCACCUGAAUCGGCGCAAUUUUAUUCAGAUGCAGCGGAAUCCUGCUCUCAGAGAAGAACGUCCAGAUCGCCAUCUCCCUCCAGAAGAAGCGAGGAUAGCGAUGAAUAAAGAGCUUGGAUUUUAAUGCAAAA